AUGACUGAAACUGCAGUUUGCCUUGGAACUUUCACUGCUGUGAAGACACUUUGGGAAGUGAGAAUACACAAGAUCAGUGAAGAAUUACGGAAAGAAAAAGAAUUCAGAGAGAGGUCUGCAGGAAGGCUGAUACUAGUCUGGGAGGAGAGAGCUGCUUUAGCAAAACUCAAGGAAAAAGUUAUUAAUGAAGAUGGAAGAGCAAUUUUAAGGAUAGAAGAAGAGGAAUGGAAGACUCUACCUUCAUGUUUAUUGAAACUGCUCCAUCUCCAGGAAUGGCAGCUUCACAGAACGAGUUUGCAGAAAAUCCCUCAGUUCAUUGGAAAAUUUCACAAUCUUCUUGUUCUGGAUCUCUCCCGGAACUCAAUUGAAACUGUACCUAAAGAAAUCGGCCAGCUGACUAGCCUCCAAGAGCUGCUUCUCAGUUACAAUAGAAUAAAGUCUAUUCCUAAGGAAAUAAGUAACUGUGUCAGUCUUGAAAGACUGGAACUGGCUGUCAACAGGAGUAUCUGUGAUCUUCCACCUCAGCUCAGUGAUUUAAAGAAACUUUCUCACAUAGAUUUGAGCAUGAAUCAGUUUACUACCAUCCCUUCAGCUCUUCUCAACAUGCCAAAUCUAGAAUGGUUAGAUAUGGGGGGAAAUAAACUCCAGGAGCUUCCUGAAGAAAUUGACAGAAUGGAAAAUCUCCACACUUUAUGGCUCCAAAGAAAUGAGAUAACCUCUUUGCCAGAAACCAUUACUAAUAUGAAAAAUCUUAGUACUCUUGUCCUUAGCAAUAACAAAAUUAAGGAUAUUCCAGCUUGUAUGAAGGAUAUGACAAAUCUGAGAUUUGUCAACUUCAGAGGCAACCCCUUGGAGUUAGAGGUAACACUCCCUCCAUGUGAGAAUACAGAAGAGGAGGAGCAACAGGAAAUGUUCGGCAUUGAAUUCAUGCACGUAUAUAUCCAGGAGUCACUCAAGAAAUCAGGAAAUCUGGAAAGUUGUACUUCUGGUCCUUCUCCUGUCAUAAACGCUAAUGAAUAA